AUGGCGGCACACUACCCGCUUGUUCGGCCUCCUCCGCCGGUCCUACCAAUUCCAUUGCCGGAUCAUUGGGUCUCCGACCGGAAGCGAUUUGGACAUUCCGAAGUGAAGCUGGCCCCAGAAACCGGAGUACCUUUGAAUGGGGACACAAUCGACUACGAGCUCGCCGACGACGCAGCCAUAAACAGAUACGCCAAGGUUUAUUUCUUCAUCGAACACCAGAUAACUAAACCCAUUGUUCGCAUCUGCACGAACAAUAAAUUCAAGGAUGAUAGUAGGGUGUUCAAGGAACUAGUUGCGAAGCUUACUACUCUGGGGUCGAGGCUCCAGAACGGUAUCAUUGGUAUUCCGGGCAAACCAGCAGAAGACUUCAGUGAUUCAUGGUUUCUGAACUGGCACCUCAAGGACACCUUCACCGCUGCCAAGAAAGCCUACUUGAGUGAGUUGAGGACGGCUCGCGCUAAGAAGUGGACCGUCGACAACUACAAUGGAAAUAAAUCAAUCGGAAAAGAAAGAUUGGGCGUUGUCGUGAAGAAUUGGAAAAAGAAGAUGGAUGAGUUAAUCCAGAAGGUCGAGGACUUCAAUCCAAUACCCACUACGGACGACUUUGCGAUCUACGAGUUGAUACCCGCCAACGGUCUCUACUACAAAGACUUGAACACGACCAGAGCUAUGAAUUACUAG